CUCCGAUUCCAGCUUCUUGCGACUGCAACUUCCGAGCAACUUUGUUAGGCACAUGGAGGGCAGAAAUUCUGGAUGGGUUUCAUUACUUGGUCCGAGCGGGAACACAUGGCAUGUUGAGUUGAUCCAUCAAGGUGCUGAUUUGUUCUUCAACCAAGGGUGGCCAGCUUUUGUGAGGGAUCAUUAUAUUGAAUGCGGAGACAGUAUGGUUUUUAGAUAUAAUGGAGAGUGGCAUUUCACCGUUCAAGUGUUUGACUCCAGUUCCUGCGAGAAGGAGGCUGCCUUUUAUUCCAAAUGUUAUCAGGAGGGUGAAAAGUUUGACGGACAUAUGGGCCAGAAGAGGGGAAGGAAUGAGGCGGCUCAUUCGCUGGAUGUUGAAGGUUUAUCAAAAAGAUCGAGAGAAAUGUCUUGUGGAUGUUCAAGCAAUGGCCAAGAAGCAAAUGAAACUCAUUAUGAGAGGGGAUCAGAAUUGGAGGAGAAAGAGCUUGCAGAAAAUUUUACGUCGCCUUACCCUUACUUUGUGAGAACCAUGAAAAAAUUCAAUGUCAGCGGCUCAUUUACAUUGAAUGUCCCUUACAAAUUUUCCAUGGAACAUCUUCCAAACUGCAAAACCGAGAUUGUUCUCCGAGAUCUGAAAGGAGUUUGCUGGACGGUUAACUCUGUGCCAACAACUAAAGUACAUACUAGCCAUACUUUCUGUGGUGGGUGGUUGGCUUUUGUUCGGAGUAAUGGGAUUAAGACAGGAGACAUUUGUAUCUUCGAACUUGUACGCAAAUAUGAAUUGCUGGUGCAUAUUUUCCGGGUUGGAAAGGAAGAGCCAGGAGACCAGAGUGGAAAAGGAGCUUUUAGUGGAUUGGAUGUUUUGUCCAAUGCAACAUCGCGUAAAAUUCUUGAAAGUUUGGCAAAGAAAUCAAUAAAGAGUUCGUCAAAUGUCCACUCGAAGAGUCUGAAAAGUGUUUAUACGUGUGAUAAGACGGAAUCCAAGACUCAGGACAAAAGAAAACUUGGGAGUUCGAAAUCAAAGACAGUUAAAGUUUCUAAAUGUGCCAGCGACAAAUCAGAGUCUAAUGGCAGUAGCCUGAGAUUCAUGUUAGCACUUGAUGAACAGAAAGCUGCCCAAUCUUUUACUUCUGCAUUUCCCAACUUUGUGAGGAUUAUGAGGAAGUUCAACAUUAGCGGUUCGUACACGCUGAAAAUCCCACACCAGUUUUCCAUGGCAUAUCUUCCUCAUUCAAAAGCAGAGAUUAUUCUUCGCAAUUCGAGAGGAGAAUCGUGGACUGUGAACUCUGUCCCAGACUCAAAAGGCAGAAUGGUGCAUACAUUUUGUGGGGGGUGGAUGGCCUUUGUUCGGGACAAUGAUAUACAAAUGGGCGAUACAUGCAUAUUUGAGCUGACUAGGGAGUGCGAAAUGCGAGUUCACAUAUCAAGGUAUGGGAAGAAAGGGAUGGACACUCCGCUUACAAAAUCAGCUGAUGGAAUGUCUAUCAACUUGGCUUCUGGAAUCCAUCCGAACUUUUAAGUUAUGCUAAAACCUUUCCAACUUUCGCUAACAUGUUUGCGGGUGUGUUUCUUCCUAUAUGUGAAUACUGAGAUCUGACGGCUUUCUCAGAAGGUGUGAAACUCGUGUUCCCUUUUUCAUGACAAUGAGGUAAUGGUAAGUACGUUGUAUAUAGCAAUAACCCCGGGAAAGGAAGGAGGUGGUGCAUCAUUUUGCUUCUGGAUUAUUAGAAAAUCUUCUCGGUAUCUUGUUAUUUGUCGCUCGGUAGGAGUCAUUUUGUUUGGGGAAUAGAUGUAGAUUUAAGGAUACGGGAAGAAAGUGGACGAAAAUUGAAUUAGGGUUACUAGGAACUUUCGGAUUUAAGUGUUGUGGGAGUAUUGGAGGUUGUAGAGUAGGAUUUGUGAAGGGGAGCUUUUGUGGAUUGAUAUCUACUUAAAUUCAAACGAAAUUGCUCUCCCGUGAAGCUACAACUUAAAUACCGUCCCGUUUUCGUGCCCAUAAGGUUCGGAAAAAGGCUUGUUGUAGGUUUAGUGUUUCGUUUCAGAAACGAGUUCUUGAGUUCUAGGCCACAGUUCCUCUUGAUGAAUCCCAUCUUUUGGUUCUCUUUUUUCGAAAAUUCGACCGAGCCAAGAAAAGGGCUAUGGAGCAUUCGGACGUCCAAGUUUGGGUCUUGUCCGAACGGUUGGUUACUAGUGCUUUGCGGUUGGGUUGGUCCCCACACUCUCUCCUUAUGAAUCAUAAGCUCUGUCUCUUGUCUGUCACGAGCAUUUUUUUAGUGGUUGUCAUUUCGGUUUUGGUUUGGUUGGAGUCCGGUUCUAUUUUCGGUUUUUGAAACAUUAUAUCCACUCGGUUUUUAUAUUGGAUUUGUUUCUAUUUGGUUUCUAUU